CUUCUUAUUUUUUUUUCUAUCCAAACAAACAAGAUUUCUGUUUUUUGCAGUUUCCUGUUUUUCAACUUUGAGUGAAACGAUUUUCCCACAUUUUUUUUAAUGCGAAAGCAACACUGGGUUUCUUUCUUUUCACUGUAAAACAUCACGGGUGAAGAAAUGAAUGGGAACACUAUUCGUAUCAAAUAUUAGGGCGUAGGACAUACUUCUUUUGUGUGAAAUUUGUUUUUUAUCAGUUCUGUAAGCUAAAUUAGUUUCUGGUUUUGUAAUUUUAAGAUAUAAUUAUUAUAUAUUUGUGAUCUUGUUUGGGUACUAAGGCACUCCAGACAAAUUUACAUAAUGGUGAAGAAUUAGAUGUAGAAAGGGAUAGGAAAAAUGACAGAUUUUCAAGCUUUACAGCAAAAGCCAGACUCUUCAAAUGAUGCCACGGCUGUAUUUGAAAGGGGUUUGGAGGAAUUAAUGAGGGGGCAUUUAGAUGAUUGUAUGUCAUUUGCACCAUGUAGUACUAAUAGAAAUCCUGAUGAUGAAGAUGAUGAGGGUGAUCAGCUUUUUAGGAGGAGAAGAAGGUCAGAUCUUGAAGGCGAUGAUUUAGCCGAAUCAUCCGCAGCUAGGAGGCGGCAUUCCAGGAUUUUGAGUAGGUGGGCUGCUAGGCAGGCUCAGGAAAUGAUAACCACGAUUGAGAGGAGGAAUAGGGAGUCUGAAUUGAUGGCUUUAGCUGGUUUACAUACGGUAUCAAUGCUCGACUCUUCGUUCUUGCAAGAGUCGCAGUCACCUAAUUCUAGGCGACAAGGAGGGACUGUCGAGAGGCCUAGCACGCAGGCUUCUUCGAUUUUGCAAAUGUGGAGGGAGUUGGAGGAUGAGCAUACGUUGAAUAGGGCACGUGAGAGGGUGAGGGAAAGGUUGAGGCAGCAGACGAAUGCUGAUGGCGAUAUGACAAUGUCUAGCACAACCUUGUUUGAGAGUCGUGGGAUUGAGAAUCAUGGUAGUGUUAUCGAUGUCAGUGAGAGCGAGAACGAGUAUGGAACAUGGUUGAAUGAGCAGGGUGUGUCGCUGAAUGAUGGUGGGGAUAAUGACGGGUCUAGUAGGGAGCAGUCUCCUGAUCUUGGUGAAGUUGAGAGGGAAAGGGUGAGGCAGAUCGUUCGUGGGUGGAUGGAGAGUGGGAUUAGUGAUCAUUCGUCAUCCCGUGUUGGCAGUUCUAGAGCUGAAUGGCUUGGUGAAACGGAGCGUGAGAGAGUUAGAAUUGUCCGGGAGUGGGUGCAAAUGACGAGUCAGCAGCGAGGAGUUCGUGGGGGACGAAGGGAAGAUCAUCAGACGGCUGCUACAAUUGGUGCACAAGUCGAUCAACCUCGUGAAGGUUCAGUUUCUGACCAUGAUGAAGGCCAACCAGAGCAGAUUCCGAGGGACUUGCUGAGGUUGCGUGGACGACAAGCUGUUAUUGACUUGCUUAUGAGGAUUGAGAGAGAGAGACAGAGGGAACUUCAGUCUCUAUUAGAGCACCGUGCUGUUUCUGAUUUUGCUCAUCGAAACCGCAUUCAGUCACUACUUAGAGGUAGAUUCUUAAGAAAUGAAAGAUCUGUUGAAGAGGAGAGACCACCUUCAAUGGCAGCGAGUGAAUUAAUUCAAUUAAGACAAAGACACACUGUAUCUGGCUUGAGGGAAGGGUUCCGCAACAGAUUAGAAACCAUUGUCCGUGGUCAAGCAAGCAGCAAUUCAGAAACCACGUCUAGUAAUGCCAUUGAUAAUUCUAUAAUCGAAUUUCCCCAAUCAAACACAUUUCAGGAUGCUCAAAGUGAUGAAAAUGGGCAUACACAAUCCAGGAGUUCGGAAAGUGAUGUCACACGGUCACAAACAGGAGAUAUGGUUAGCAACAACAUGGCUGUUGAGAGCAUAAGUUGGCAAGGAAAUGCUAACCAAGGUGGCAAUUGGCAGGAGCCAACAACCAAUGGUGAGCAAGCAAGUUGGCCACAGCCAACAUAUGCUCAGUUCAAUGAAUGGAGAGAAGGCAAUGCAGAAGAACUGGAUACAAACUGGCAAGAAGGCUCAGUUAGUGAGUUUCGCCAAGAAAAUUCUGGGAAUGUAAAUGGAGAAGAGAGUCAUCUACAGGGAGGCCAUAGGGUUUGGCAUGAGGAUGGCUCACAGGAAGCUGUUGAUAAUUGGUCAGAAGGGCCUUCUGAUCCUCCGAGAGCACGUCGUGCAAUCCCAGCUAGAAGGUUCAAUAGAUUUCAUCCACCAGAAGAUGAUAAUGUAUAUAGUAUGGAACUUAGAGAGCUUCUGAGCAGGAGAAGUGUCUCUAAUCUUCUUCGAAGUGGAUUCCGGGAAAGUCUAGACCAAUUAAUUCAUUCUUAUGUGGAAAGACAUGGCCGUUCACCCAUCGAUUGGGAUUUACAUGGAAAUUUGCCAACUCCAGCCUCACCAGAGCAAGAUCAAGAGCAGCAGAGAGAUGAAAUAAAUAGUGAUCGGAAUGAUACGAUUAACAGACCGUCACGGGUGUUACCUUCACCUCCAGUGCCACCACCACAACCACUAUGGCAUCAAGACUUACAUCAUCCCAGUUGGUCUCGGCACGGCAUGCAUAGAUCAGAAAUUGAAUGGGAGAUGGUUAAUGAUCUUAGAGCCGAUAUGGCUAGGCUCCAGCAAGGCAUGAGCCACAUGCAGAGGAUGCUGGAAGCCUGCAUGGAUAUGCAGCUCGAGCUGCAGCGAUCUGUCAGGCAGGAAGUAUCUGCAGCGUUGAAUAGAUCAGCUGGUGAAAAAGUUUCGACUGCAGAAACAUCGGAGUAUGGAUCCCAAUGGUGUCAUGUAAGGAAAGGAACUUGCUGUGUUUGUUGCGAUAGCCAUAUCGAUUCACUUUUGUACAGAUGCGGACACAUGUGCACAUGUGCAAAAUGCGCGAACGAGUUGGUUCGUGGAGGAGGAAAAUGCCCAUUGUGCAGAGCACCCAUUGUGGAGGUAAUCCGUGCGUACUCAAUAGUGUAAAGAGAUGAAGUAAAAGGUGUAAGAGUAAAGAGGUAAGAGUUAAGAGAAGCCAAUGUGAGUUAAAAGGGCUCCAUUCCAAUUAAAAGAGUGUGAAGUUGUUGCCUUUAUGAUUUGUGAAACACUAUGCUUUUGUAUAAUUGGAAUAACACGUGGCAUAAUUAUUCAUUCAUUAG